UCUAAACAUAAAUAUGGCGGCAGAAUCGUAGAGGGAAUGUAAAAGUGCGAUUUCCUCUUGUUUUUUAAUAAUUAAGAAGAAUGUCGAAAGCAGGGAAGAGAGUAAAAAGUGGAUCGGGACAAGGAGGUGCGAAAUGGGAACAACCACUUCUUGCCGCCACUUUUGACGAGGAGAGUUGGAAAGCUAAUGUGGCAUUUCUUGUUGGAGACAAACCCGAUGAUUACACAUGGAUAGACAUACUUGGGGCUGCUAUUGCUGCAGGGUCUAGAAGACUCUUCAGUGUUAUAUCCAAGGAGCAAUUGGAGGCUGAGGUCAGAGAAUUAGGAAACCCAAAAGGAAAGAAACCAAAAGAAGUUCCCCAGCAUUUUGAAGUGUGUGAACCUUGUAAGACACAUCUAGAUAAUGGAGAGGAAAUUCCUUUGCCCCUCUUGGCCAGGCUUAUAAAGUUCAAACUGCUGUCAAUUAAGGCAAAUGAUCUAAGGCGUAGAGAAACUGAGAAGAAGGCUAGUGAUGGAAAGGACAAGGGAAAAGGAGGUGGAAAAGACAAACCAAAAUCUGCUGGGAAGGGCAAAGGGGGAGGGAAGAAAACCCCCGAACCCCCCUCUGCCAAGGAAGGGUCAAAACUAAGGAAACGAGGAGAAGAAGAUGAUGAGGGAAAAUAUAUAGAUGAUGAACCAGAUGAUGGAGCUCAACACUACAUCAUUGUGUAUGGCUACAAUAAUCCCCAUCUGAUUGCCUACCUGUCUGAGCUUGGAAUCACUGUGGAUUCCAUAAUUAAGAUCAGCUCUCAGGAUUAUUCCAGGUUCCAGAAGCCAGAGAUUCCAGAUGUGGAGAAAGAUGAAAAGACUCUGGCUCUGGAUGAAGCAGAAAGAGCCAAGAAGCAGAAACUAAAGAAGGAGUUGAAGCAGUUUUGGAAGGACAUCCUUCUGUUGUUACAGAAGCCACCAGAUGGCAGCAACCUUCAUAAUGUUGCCAGAAAAGACUACGAAGUCAAGAACCUCAUUGUACCAGAAAAUCUGGAGGAUCCAGAACAGAAGAAUAAUUUAGGGACAGCCCUGUUUGAGGACAUUGCCUGUAUGAUUUAUGACUUGAUUGAUGCCAGGCGACAAUACCAGACCUAUUUAGAGAACCUGAAGCUGAUACAUGUUCCUGUCCCUGGGGAAACAGCUCAGACCCAAGAGGAGAAGCCUGCAGUUUCUGCUGCCCCCACCCCCCAGCAAACCACUGCUCCGGCAAGUCUCCCCUCUAUUCACCCGGACCAAAUGGAGGUUAAGGCAGAGGUAGAUAUGAGGUAUUAUAAUGACCUGAUGAAUUGUAUACCCCAGGAAAGUGCCAGCAUUCCUCUUAUGAUGCACUGCAUGCUGGAACAGGUAGUUGCUACAGAUGAAGGAUCUGAUCCACCCAGUGAACAGCUCCCACCUAAAAGAGCUGAUGGACUAAACUCAAACUUGGUGUCUCACAUCAGCAGCAUGGCCUUCAAACUGGCCUUGUCUGAGGAAGAACACAAUAUGCUUUCAGACAUCUUUGAUUUACCAGAGAGACCCCCUGAUACUCCAAAUCAGCCACUUCUCAUGAAUAUUCAUGAUGACAUUUGUAUUCGUACCAACCACUUGAAGACUAUUUAUGGAUUCAAUCCACAGGAAGUGGAGAAAGAAAUGUUGAAGAAGCUUCCCUUCCAAACUCUGAUAAAUCUUCCACGUCCAACUAGUGCCGAGGCUAAAGAGCGGGCAGCUCGUCUACAGGAGCUGAUACAUUUCUGUGCCACUGACGGUCUUUCUCAAUCUGAGAUAGACAGAGCCUUUAAGCAGUUUGUGUUUGAGUGUAUGGACAUUGCCAGCACUGAUCCCAAUGGUUUUAUCAUCACUCGGGAUAGUGAGGGAUUGCAUCACUCAGCAAUCCCAUGGGAUGACCCUUAUCCCUUCUUUAAGGGAAUGAUCCCUAAGCAUGAAAAACCUUCCUCAGAGGAGUUAAUGCUGACUCCAUCAGAGGAGAGAUCGGGUGCCCAAACUGUCACAAUAAAUGUUGUCAAGUGGAGUGACAUGGAACUGAUAGACUAUGAAGUUUCUGAUACCCCUUCGUCAGGCCCCGAUACAAGGGAAGUAACUCCCAAUGUAACACCAGAGCCACCUUCAUCACCUAAUUCUGACCAGACUCCCCGAAAGUCUCGGUCUAAGAAGAAAUCGUCCAAAAGUGCUGCCUCCCCCACCCCAAUCCCUCCUCGUGAACUCAAAGAAAUGGAAAAGAGUCCCAGUGGCAGUGAUCGAUCAAGACCGUCCACAGCGGACAGCAAAAAGGGAAUUCUGCGACCCAGGUCAAGGUCUAGUUCUGCAGGAAAACGAUCACGCAGCAACUCUGUCCACUUUGAGACGGAUGAGGCUGGACAUCCAAUUAGACACGUAGAACUAGAGGACAAGGAGGUGACGGAGGAAGAACCAGUUAAAUCAGCGGAGGAGAGCAUGCAUGAAAUCGUGGACGCUCAGAAACGUGUGCUAGAUCAGUGGUGCUUUGCUGAACACUAUGAGCCUCACAUACUUCUACAGGUUCUGAAGGAGGCCAGCUAUACACUUCCAUUUAUUGAUCAUUACUUCAAUAAGAGGGAUAAUUCAAUGAUGGUGAUUCUACAUAACCCCUAUAACACAGAAUUCCAGAACCAUGUAGACUGGCACACAGAACUCCACUGUAAUCUGGGAUUCAGGAAUUAUUUGGAGUAUGUGGCUGAGUCGAUUUCUGACUGGGUCCAGGAAGAAGAGGCCAAGUACAGUGCCCAUUUACUGAGUAGGGAACUGGACAAAAUGAGGCAGGAUGAGGAUGCAGCAGCUAAGGCUGCUGAAAAGGCUGCAACAAAGGGCAAAAAGUCCCCUAGAAAAUCACCAAGUCGAUCAAAGAGUCCUAAAUCCAGAGGCAGUAGUCAGGAGAGGUCGUCCUCUGCCAACAGUAACAUGUUUAUCCGGGCAAACUCCUUAAAGGCCUACAAGGAGGAACAGGAUCGUCUCAAGGCUGAGGAGGAGGAAAAGGAGAGGGCACAGAGUGCAAAGAGGGCAAGAUCAGCUCAGAAAAGGGCUGAGAAGGAGGCAGAGAAGGAAAAGAAAAGACCUGGGUCCAGAGGAAGUGCAAAGUCUAAAUCCUCCAAGGAAAGAGAAGCCGAGCCUCAGGAGGCCCCACCCGAACAGGAAUCUCCCCCAGAAAGAUACUGGCCGUUCACAGGCUAUGAUGUAGGAAAUAAAUUGAUACAUGUUUCUGGGAUUACCACAUCUAUGUUUCCAUCUGAUGGUGGACAAAUUAGAACUGAGAGAACAGAAUUUGUUCAAGGAACAACUAGCAUUAAGUCAACAGUUCUGAAAGAUGGUCACAACUUUACUGUACACAUUUUGGAUCCCAAGGAAUCAACUGAAGAAUCUGAUCAGGAAGAAGACUUACUUCCUCCGACAGAGGAGAAGGCUGACUUUGAAAAGUCAGAGAAAGAUGAUGCCAAAACUGUAGAAGGAGAGAGGGGUAGUAGUGCCCAGAAGACAGGAAAAAUGGACGGAGAGAAAAGCUCAGUCAGUGCGUUUGGUUCUAUCACAGCUCAGCUUAUGGAUGGCAUGACUCUGUCCCUCAGCCAGUACGGGGCGUCAGGGGAGUCCAAAGAUGGUAAGAAAUAUGAACCCCUGCCUUACACACCCCCUCCAUCUACCCCAGUGCCUGGACCACCCCCAUCCCCCACCAAGAGCAAAAAAGGAGACAAAAAGGGAGCCCCAACUCCAGAACCCCCACCACCAACAACACCCCUUGAAGAUGAAGAAAAGAAAGAUCAGGAAGAGAAGAAAGAUGAAGAGAAGCCAAUUCAGCAGCCAUUCCAGCAGCUGUAUGUCUCCUGUCCUGAUGGACUUAAUGUCAAGUAUCUCCUGGAGAGCUCACUAGGGAUGAAGCCUAUAGCAGAGGAUGACAGACGCUUGCUUGUCAAACAGAGUUAUCCAUACAAAACCAAGGGAGAGCAGGAAUGUGAGGCGAUACGUAAGAAGUAUGCCCUUAAGGAAACCUCUAGAAUCAUGACCUCAGAGGGAACUGUCAUCAAAAUAAUGGAGGAUGGAAAUAUUGAAGUCUUGUAUGCCGAUGGUACUCUUAGUGUACACACAGGACACUGGGAGCUUCCAAAGGGAAGAGGAACCUCUCCCCAAAGGUCUGAGAGUGUCAAAGAGGAGAGGGGGACAUGGACAACCACAUAUCCCACAGGGGAGAAAAUCAUGUAUAAGGGAAAUGGAGACAUGGAGGAAUUGAAGGCUGUUAUGAUCAGUGUGGCCUCUGACCCAGAGACCAAUCAGACAAUGGCAACAAGAGAUGACCAUGUGAUCACAGUUAGCUACCCUGAUGGGACUACCAUUGUGGAGCAUGCUGAUGGAACUCGUAUCACCACGUACUACAGGGAGAACACAAUGAACCAGGAGGAGGGCCAGGACAUAGAAAUGGAAAAAGAGUUUGAUACCCAGACAGUGAAGUUUGUGAAGGUGGAAUGUCCAGCAUAUGCGACUGUGGAGUUUAACUGUGCUACCAGUGAAAACCUCACAAUUUUUGGGAAUGGUUCCACCAUCAAUGUUUUUCCAGAUGGCUAUUAUAUGCUCCACCACUGGGACGGUGGUCGAUGUGAGGUGGACACAGAGGGGACAGUCACAUAUUACCCCCGCCCUGACAAAAUCACAGAACAGCUUCUACCAGAGAGGGAGCUACAGUAUGUCUUAAGACAUAACGCUGAUGUUGUGGUGGAAACUGUGGAUAUGGAAGGAAAUGUGUUUAACGUGAAAUCUAAUGGAGACUUCCAGGUGAUCCCAGUGAAUGGGGACGAGAUGUCCGAUGUAAGUAACGAAGAUCUCCUCAAACCAGAAAAGAAAUUGACCACCUUCAAGGAGCAUGCUCCUAGAUUCCUUAUCAUCCACUCCGAUGGGAGUGGGACAGAGUUGAUGAGGUACCAAGAUAUAGCUGAGUAUUUGACAAUGGCAGAACAGAGCCCUGCCACAGCUGUUCUGAAGGAUGAGCUUGCUAACUUCCCAGGAGUUACUGGAAUCACUAUCCUGAAGCCAUAUAUUGGGGGACCAUCUGAUAGGUGGCUUAAGAAAUACGACCAAGAAUCCAUUAUUCCACAUGGUAUCAGAUGUCGAGAUCUUACCACACUACCUCCAAAGGAGUUCAAGAUGCCUGGUGGUAGAUUUGGCACAAACCUAGGUCAAGGUCUUGCUGUGGGUGGGGCUGUCAAACAGCAAGUCAGAAUUCCCAUCCUGAAGUGUCCCAGUACGCUGGAGCUUCGACAGAUGAUUCAGUAUAAACCUGUGUCUCCUGCACUCAGAGAAAAGUUACAGAAUGGUCUUAGGGAGUAUGCAGAAUAUGUCAUAGAGAGGAACAAGGUGGCUGAUUAUAUGAAAGUGGUGGAUCCAAGAACUGAAGAGGAGAAGAUUAAUGCUUCAGAUCUCCAGGAAAUAGGGCUGCAGCAGGCUAAAGACAAGAACUAUGCUUCUGCAAAUGUAAAGGAACUGUAUGAGAAAGCUACAGCUCCACCUGUGCCAAGUCCCCCUCCCACACCCCAGCCUAAGAGGACCCAGGCUGACUGGGACCGAGACCAAAGGGAGAUAGCAGAGGAAUUAACAGGAAGAGAGGCCCUGAGAAAGAAAAAGAUCCCCAGUUACUUUGACAGUGAGUUUGGAAAAGCUUUCUUAUUGACUCAGGCAAAGGAUGUGGAUGAGAUAUUACGGGAGCUAUCUGAGGACCCCAGGAAGGACGGGACUGAGGCAGUUCGUGGUCAGCUGUCUGGGCAGAGUGGACAACAGAUGAGUCCUGUUACUAGUGCUUAUCCCACUAGCGCCUAUCCGGCCAGAUCACUGGCAGCGGUGACUUCAGUCCAGAGUGAUAGGUCAAGCACAUCCCCAGGGGACACUCUACCCCCCAAAAAUGUACCAGACACACCUCUGUCUUAUGCAGAUAAUGAAUUAAGAGGAGUGUACACCGAGACGGUACCUUCUCGUGGAGGGAUACGCCCUGGUAACCCUACCCCAGCACACGCAGAGGGUCAAGGGUCACCAGCUCCUAUCCGACCUCAAAAUCCUACCCCAGUGCAUGCUGGCAAGGAAAAGACAGGAAGACCAAUUAAUCCAACACCCAAACAUGCAGGAGGUGGAAUGGACUCUCCCUCAGACCUACCAUCACAACUUGACUACCCUGCCAUAAUAAUGGAACAACCUCUUGAGGAACUGGAAGAGGGAGAGGAUGAAGUUGACAAUGAACAGCUGACCUUGACCAGAAGUCUGAAGGUCAAUGUUUUAGGUCAACCAAGGAAAAACCGUGUGCCCUUGCCAGCUGGAAUUAAAGGAGGGCGACCAGGAGCUAUUCCAAAUAUCAAGUAUAUUUCUGUUGAGGAACCAGUAAGGAGGAAAGUCAACACAUCUCUGGUAGCUGGGGCCUCCAUAAAGGGACAAAACCAGCUUUCCCACAUGAGUGGUCUUAUCCUAUUUCCUGAGGAGGUGGAGUUUGGGGUCCUGAAGGAGGGGUGUACCUACUGCUACACUGUUUACCUGAAGAACACGGGGGUAGACUCCUGUAGAUUCAGGAUCAAACAGCCUCCCCCAGCUACUGGACUCAGAAUUGUCUACAAACCAGGACCAAUUGCUGCUGGAAUGAGUGUGGAGCUGAAUGUAGAACUGUAUGCUAUAGCUGUGGGAGUCGAGGGAGAGAUGGGCGUUGGCUCAGUCCGUCACGACUUGGAAAUUGUCACACAGACUGAUGUCUUAUUUCUACCAAUCUCAGCAACUGUCUUGACUGCCUAUGAGUACGACCACAGAAGUCCCAAUAGUCCAAAGGGAGGUAAAUCAAAGGGAGCUAAACUAAUAUCCACUAAACCUCCGGCUACCACAGGCAUCAUCAGACCCAGAAAAACACCACUAGGAGUUGGGAAUGCUCCGAAUGUCUCUUCCUACAUCAGAUGAUCACUAGAUAUAGGAUAACUACUGUACAGACACUUCCAUCCUUAUUAAUUAAUUAAAAUGCAUUUAAGUUUGAUAUGAAGAUAGUGUGGAUUGGAUUGAACUAAAAAGAAUGUGAUUAUUUUUUACCACUGACUGUGAUAUUUGUAAUUUAUAAUAUAUAAAGAGACAUUCAUUCAUUCAUGUAUAUAUAUAAUUUAUGUAUACUGUAAUUUGAAUUAUUCUACAUGUGGAAUAAAUAAAAACAUUUU